UCUUACGGGAGCAGUGCACAGUGGGAGUUCAUUCCCAGCUACGUAUGCGUAGGAUCAGACUGCAAAGCCCUAAAGUCACCCUUGCUCGCUGCACUCUGCGGAGUAAGACAGGAGGUCCUGGAGUGCAGCACUUUCGGGGUAAAAGAUCAUGGAAUCUGGUAGUAUGGAAACGAUAGCUACUAACCCUCCUGGAGGGUCAAAUGGCUUAGAAGAGCCUAAGAAGAUGACCAGGGAGGACUGGAGGAAGAAAAAGGAAUUGGAAGAACAGAGAAAACUGGGCAAUGCGCCAGCAGAAGUAGAUGAAGAGGGAAAAGACAUCAACCCUCAUAUUCCUCAGUACAUUUCCUCAGUCCCAUGGUAUAUAGAUCCUUCAAAAAGGCCUACACUAAAGCAUCAGAGACCUCAGCCAGAGAAGCAACAAGAAUUUACAUUUCUAGGGGAAUGGUAUAAGCGAGGAGUCAAAGAGAAUUCUCAUGCAACCAAGUACCGCAAAGGAGCAUGUGAGAACUGUGGUGCCCUUACACACAAGAAGAAAGAUUGCUUAGAGAGACCUAGAAAGGUUGGAGCCAAAUUCACAGGAACCAACAUUGCAGCAGAUGAGCACAUGCAACCACAGCUGAUGUUUGACUAUGAUGGAAAAAGAGACCGUUGGAAUGGCUAUAAUCCAGAGGAGCAUAUGAAGAUUGUAGAAGAAUACGCCAAGGUUGAUUUAGCUAAACGCUCACUAAAAGUGCAGAAGCUCCAGGAGGAGCUGGCUUCAGGAAGGCUGACAGAGCAAGUGAACUCCCCGCGACAUAGAUGGGGAGAAGAUGAACCAAAUUCACAUACGGAAAGAGAUCAUAACAGUGAAGAUGAAGAUGAAGACAAAUAUGCAGAUGACAUUGAUAUGCCUGGACAGAAUUUUGACUCCAAAAGGCGUAUUACAGUCCGAAACCUGCGUAUUCGGGAGGAUAUCGCUAAAUAUUUGCGGAAUCUUGAUCCCAAUUCUGCAUACUAUGAUCCCAAAACCAGAGCAAUGAGAGAAAAUCCAUAUGCCAAUGCCGGAAAGAAUCCAGAUGAGGUCAGUUACGCAGGUGACAACUUCGUUCGUUACACAGGGGCUACCAUUUCUAUGGCACAAACUCAGCUGUUUGCCUGGGAAGCUUAUGAAAAAGGCUCUGAAGUUCAUCUUCAGGCAGAUCCUACAAAACUUGAACUCUUGUACAAGUCCUUCAAAGUGAAAAAAGAAGACUUCAAGGAGGAGCAGAAAGAAAGCAUCCUGGAGAAGUAUGGAGGACAAGAACAUCUGGAUGCCCCACCGCCUGAGUUGCUGCUUGCUCAGACGGAAGAUUAUGUGGAAUAUUCUAGACAUGGAACAGUUAUUAAAGGCCAAGAGAAGGCUGUUACUCGUUCUAAAUAUGAGGAAGAUGUAACUAUCAACAAUCACACAUGCAUUUGGGGUUCCUAUUGGAAAGAAGGCAAAUGGGGAUAUAAAUGCUGCUACUCAUUUGUAAAGUAUUCGUAUUGCACAGGAGAAGCUGGAAGAGAAAUUGCUAACGCUGAUGAGGAAUUGCCCAUUGAAGUGCCAGAGGAAGAGUUCAUGACCAAACAAAGAACUCUAGUGGAGAUGCAUCAGGAAAAACAAAAAGAGGAGAAGAAGAAAAAGAAGAAAAAGCACAAGAAGAGUACAGGUUCUGAUAGUGAAGAAGAUAGAAAGAAACAGGAAAAAUUAAAGAAGGCACUGAAUGCUGAAGAAGCCCGUCUCCUUCACGUGAAAGAAAUAAUGCAAUUAGAUGAGAGAAAGAGGCCAUAUAACAGCAUGUACGAAAGUCGAGAACCAACAGAGGAGGAAAUGGAAGCUUAUCGAAUGAAGCGCCAGCGGCCAGAUGAUCCUAUGGCCUCGUUUCUGGGGCAGUAACUUUUAUGAAAGAACUUGCAAGCCCACAGGAGUUGGGUGCUGUUUUUAAUAUUUGAUCACCAAGUAGAACACCUGCCAGUUUUCUGUAUUGUAUUGUAUUGUGUAUGUGUAUAUAAAUAUGACAUAUAAAUAUGGCAAUGUUUCAACUGAAAAAAGAGAGUGUACAGUUUACAUCUUGUGUUUCCUUUGUAAAUGCAAAUGUUUUGUCAGCCAUAACCUGCUGGUUGUAGUUAUGAUGCCCAGUAGGUUUAUUAAUUCAAAACAGCAACGUUCUUCUCACUCAGAAUGUGUCAUAUGUCCAAACAAAAAAUAGCAGGAGUCACUAUUUCUGCUGUUUGAAGGGAACUUUCCACUUGGCAAAUACACAGUUGUAACCUACCUUUAUGUACAAAUUAACUCAGUACUGUUGAAGGGGGGAUAUUCUACUCUUGUGAAACCAUUCUUCUGGUUAAAAGCUCAGACAGCUUCUCAGCAGAACUGGAUGAGAUUUCCAAAUAUCUCGUGUGUCUCUUAGGCACAAUUCUGCCUCUUGCAGUUCUGUUCCUUUUAUUAAAACGUGAAUUUAUUUAGUUAAAAUUGCCUUGCCCGUUGUGCUCCAGUGAAGCUUGCUAAAAUUUUGCAAUGUCAAAAUGAGACUGCAAGCUUUAAAAAGCAGUUUCUGUCUGUUUAUUCUAUCUAUGAAACAAGUGCCAGUAGAAGGCUCACAUUGCCUAAAGUACGUUUUAGUACGUUUAGUACGUUGUAAUACGUACUAAAUAGGUCACAGUAUAGUUUGCCUUCUCUCGUAAUUCUAUGAUUUUAUAUAUGCACUGCACAACAUCUUGGUGCAUAGUGUUAUCUGCAAAAGUGAAUGAGCACUAGGUAGAAAUUGUGAGCCAAGCCUCUUCAAAUGUUGGACUCCACAACCUGAGUUCUUUUGAUAGGCUUGGUUGAUACUUCUUUUAGAUCCUGGUAUUGCUGCUUUUCGUUUACUUGAUGUCUGGGGAAAAAAUUUCUUUAAAAAGCUUUUGGCUGUACUAAUAGACAAUCUCAACAGGAUAGCUAAAAUCUAUCCUGAUGAAAGCAAAUGUACUCUAAGCUUAGCAUUUUGUUUUUCUAAUAGAAAUGGUUUAUAGUAUAUUCUCUCUAGGGAUGUUGCAUAAACACUCCCAGACUUCACAAGAGGGAUGGGCCAGCAUAAUAUGUACAGUUUUCCAGUAACUAACAAAUAUAGCCUUGAUUUUUUGGACAUUGGAGCAAAGGGGACUUUGCGAAGGCGGCAGUUGAAUCACACAAAAGAGGUGGAAACGUUAUGCCCAGGAUCAGAAAGGAGCAAUUCAACACAUGCACCCUUUGCAUCAUCUGCACAAAGCAGUUGCUGGUACCUGGAUAAAUGGCAUCACCAGUCUAAGGUGGGAGAGGGUGCAACUGCAACCAGGUUGCAGAAACUACGAAGACGUAUGCAUGCAUGUGCAAAAACCAAGGGGUGGGACGAUGUCAUUUGCAUUCACCAUUAGAACUUAAAACACAAGCAACAUAAAAAGCAGACAAGAUCGCAUGUGUGGAUGGUACAUGGAGUUCAAUCCAUUAAUUACAGAAGGAAGUUUAUGUGCCCAAGGGACAUAAACUUCCUUUACCAAAGAAUGCAUCUUAUGCCAUUACCUUGCAUACUAUUUCCAGACUGGUAGGUCAAAUUUAAAGAUGUGAGCACAGCACAACUUUUAAAAGCAGCAGCACCUUUUAUAUACUGGGCUUCUUGCAUUCUGCAGAAGUGUGUGCACGCCAGUCUAUUUCAUAUAUCUUUGCAAAUUGGGCUAGUACUGGGAACUUUUGUGUUUGUUAUUAUCUUGCAUCUGAAUUGAAAUCAGUGUCUGUGUGCACUGAAGUACCAUAAGCCUUUCUUCCCCCCCCCCCCCAGCUUGAUCGCUGAGAUCAUCAGGAAGAGCACCGUUCGUUGUAUCCUGUGUUAACAAAGCCCAGCUUACCUCAGCUAAAGUCAUGCAUUUGGUGUCACUGGUCCCAUGCAUCAGGCUUUUUUACUUUCAGGAGUCCCUUGGAAAUGUUUUUACACUGACGGCCUUUGCAACUGUUUUUAAAAUAAUCAAUUUAAUGAUUAUCUGUUGCUGGAAAUCGCAGGAAAGUGCUUUUGUGCUAAUAUCCUGCUUGCAGGUUUCCAAUAAGCAUCUUACCAGCCACUGUGAGAAAAACAUCUGGUCAGCCAUUGAUCUGAUACAGGGGCUCAUUAUGUCUUUAUGUCAUGUUCCAGUAGCUAAGAGUUGCAACCCUAAUAAAGGCUUUCUGGGAAAUGAUAUAUAAUGAGUUAAAGAAAAUGUUUAAAAAAUACUUUCGUUAACAAACCAUAAGCCUUUUUAUUGGGGAUAGUGAGUGAAAAGUUGCCAAGAGAAGAUAACAGACUGUUUACGUAGGCAACUACAGUGACAAGAAUCCUUUUAGCCCAAAAAUGGAAACAACAAGAAGUACCAACGAAAUAAGAGUGGCAGAUGCAAAGGAUGGACUUUGAGGAAUUGGCAAAGCUGACAGGAAAACCAGCAUGAUCAA